AUGCAGUCUUUUCCUAUUGCGCAAGUAGAUAAGGUGGAACAACCCCCAGAACUCAAGGAAUUGGUAUUAGGCUUGCGCGAUGACAAAUUACGAGAAUAUGCUGUUCGCGUCCCAAUCCAGCAUUCAUCAGCAACGUUCAACGUUGACCGACAAACGGAGCUUUUAACAUACGUGAAACAACUAUACAACAAACCUUUUGCACACGCCUUUGGUGCUGUCCUGCAACGCGGUGUGACCGUCUUCAGCGGCCCCUUUUCAUAUACUCUCAUACCCGUCGAUCUGAUUGACAUUCCCCAAGUCUCAAUAGACGGGAGCGCUCUAGAAGAACACAGCCUCCUUUACGUCCAUUCAGGUCCACUUCCGGUCAAGGUUACAUCUGGGCGGGUUGUGCUCAUAGUAUUCGCCUGGCAGAAGAAGGAGUAA